UUUGUGGAACUUUCAAUUUGUGAAUUAAAAAAAUAUCUCUUGCACUAAAAUCGCAGUGAAAUUUAAUUUGGGUUCUAUAAAAUAAUUUUUCUUGUAGUAAAAUCUAGCCAAAAUUUCACAAUUCCACAAUCAUUUAGGUAGUUUUUUUUAAACGCGACUUUAAAUGUCACUAUUCAACUCAAUUGUCAAUUGCAAAUUUACCUUUGCAAUUUUACCAUAUACCAGCAAAAUAAAUGCAAAUUUAUAAUUCAUUGUUUUGUGGUCUGUGAUAAAUAUAGCGGUAGCCGGAAAUAAUUUAUUUUAUGUUAAAUUUUUGAUUGCAUCAAAUAUUGUUUUUGAAAGACUGCACACUGAUUUGUCCUUUUCUAUUUGGAGAUGUCUGAAUUUGAAAAUACCGACAAAACUGGUGAUUCGCAAAGCGAGUUAAUUGAAGAUGGUUGCAAUAAGUUAGUAGUGAAAUGCAAAUAUUGUGGCUCAAAAAUAUUGGACAAAAAAUUGGGCAAAUUCAUCAUGCAAGAGAAAGAGCUACCACUCAUGCAGCAGGACACAAGAAAGGAAGGGGAAAUACAGAAUGAAAAAGUCGACCAGUUCUAUCAUGUGGAAAAUAUGUUCACUUUUGAAAAUAUAGGAUUUACACACACUGUUGAUUGUUAUAAAUAUCUAAGUUGUGCAGAUUGUGAUGCUGGGCCUGUUGGAUAUUAUGAUAUGAACACAAAACAUAGCUAUGUAGCUUUAUCUAGAAUAGAACAUGCUUAAAAUGAACAUGCUGUUGCUGUACAGUUUUAGAGUUAUCAAUAUGAAUAUUAUUGACUGGUACAUUUAAGCAAUUCUCAUACUAAGGUAGUGGCGGUUCCUUGUCUGAUGUGGUAGGAAGUAGUAAAAUAAACAUAACAUGUGCGGAUAGGAUGCAAUCUAAAACUUUACUAUCAUUUCCUGCUGCCAACACCUAUUCUUAAUUUUAGGAUUUUUAAGACACCUAUGUUUACAUCUGUUUCAUGUUCACACAAAGAAGUGUAAAACUACAUCAGCAACUUGUGUGAACAAACAUGCCUGUGCGGGCAGACUCAAACCACAACUGCCAUCACCUCUGUGUGGGGAAGCCUUUAAGCUUUUACUUUUAAAAGAUUUUCAUGUAAAACACUUACUUUUUGGCAGAAACUGGUAUAAAUGCUUGGUGGACAUCAAGAAAAAGUUCUAUGACAAAUAUAAUUUCAUACUUAGGAGUUUCACUUGCACUAAAUGUAAAAUAUACUAUAGUUUCUAACUUGGGGCAACACCACAGGAAUUUACAUUUAGCAAUUAAGUGGAUGCUUUUGCUAAACAAUAUUUAAAUUAAUGAUUUUAAAUGAAUGAUUGUAAGCAACAUUGUGUUUAUAUCAUUAUAACAAAAUAUUUACUAGUGUUAAACAAAUGGGACAAUUAAAAUCAGUCAAGUAAUAGUUAAUAUAUCAUUAACAUAUAUUCAGUACAUGGUACAUAAUUAUAAUACAUUGCAAUGCAAUGUAAAUGUGUAUGAUAUUUUAUCUUAAGUUUGGUUUGUUUUUCCAAAAAAAUAAUAGUCAUAUCUAACAGUGUUUGCAUCUGAAUUUGUACAGAAUGUACUACAAAGUGUGCAUGGCAACCUUCUGCUAGUCUGUUUAUUACUUAACAAAAUUAAUAUAUGUAUAUAUUUUCAUUUAAGAUGAAAAUGAAGUUUCCAAUAUUUAAAAUCUCUGAAAAAAAAACGAACUUGAUCACAGUGCAGAUUAACAAUAAUCUUAAAAUAAAAAAAUAUAAAUAAAUUGUUUCAUCUAUUAAAAUUUACAUGUAAUUAAUUCAAGUCUCAAAAAUAAAUAUAUUAUGCACUGCCUGCUUGUUUGUACUAUUGUUAUGAUAAUUUUUUUUAUAAAUCAGAUUGUCUAGAGUUAGUAAAAUGCUUCAAAUAAAAUAAUGCGUAAGUUAUUUUAAAGCUCAUUUAAGUCAUUCCAACGUGAUUUUAUUCUGAAAAAUUUUUGUUAUUAUUGUACCAAAAAAUAUAAUACAGUUUUAUUAUUUAACAAAUCAUUAAUAGUAAUUUUAUAUCUGCCUAUUAAAUAGAGAAACUUUUUACUUUGUUAUAGUUUAAUGUUUGUAUCAU